CUGCAGGAGAACGCUGAGCUCGCAUAAAUACAGGCUGCGGCGCACGCGGAGGAUUAAAUCAACGUUGUUUUUUUCUACAGUUCUGUAGGAAUUGGAAAAACAUGACUGCAGAGGAGACAAUUAACAUCAAGGAGGUAGAAAUCCUCAAACUCAUCCUGGAUUUCCUCAACUCCCGAAAGCUCCACAUCAGCAUGUUAGCCCUGGAGAAGGAGAGUGGCAUCAUUAAUGGCCUCUACUCAGACGAUAUGCUCUUCCUCAGACAACUGAUAUUAGAUGGCCAAUGGGAGGAAGUUCUUCAGUUCAUUCAGCCAUUGGAGUGCAUGGACAAAUUUGACAGAAAGAGGUUUCGUUACAUCAUUCUCAAACAGAAGUUUCUGGAAGCUCUUUGUGUGAAUAAUGCUAUGUCUGCAACCGAGGAUCCUCAAAAUCUGGAGCUGACCAUGCAAGAGGCGGUGAAGUCCCUGCAUGCUCUGGAGGAGUACAGCCCCUCAAAAGAAGACUACAGCAAGCUGUGCCUGCUGCUCACCCUCCCUCGGCUCACCCACCACGCCGAGUUCAAGGAGUGGAACCCGAGCACGGCCCGAGUGCAUUGCUUCGAGGAGGCCUGCGCCAUGGUGGCAGAGUUCAUCCCAGCUGACCGCAAACUGAGUGAAGCAGGCUUUAAGGCCAGCGGUGACCGCCUCUUCCAGCUCCUCAUCAAGGGCAUCCUGUACGAGUGCUGCGUAGAGUUCUGUCAGAGCAAGGCCACAGGCGAGGAGAUCGGUGAGGGUGAGGUGCUGCUGGCUGUGGAUGUGCUGUGCGGCAAUGGCUGUGACGAGCUGGACCUGAGCCUGCUGUCCUGGCUCCAGAACCUCUCGCCCUCUGUUUUUGCAUGCGCCUUUGAGCAAAAGACCCUCAACAUUCACGUGGACCGGCUUGUGAAGCCACCGCGCACGGGUCACGCCGACCUGCUUACACCACUCCUUACCAAACUGUCUCCAUGUCCAGCCUCACCCCUCAGACGCCCGCAGUCAGCCGAUACAUACAUGUCACGCUCGCUCAACCCUGCGCUGGAUGGCCUGUCUCACGGCCUGGCGGGGAAAGAGAAGAAGAGCGCUGAGGUUGGCGGAAAGGCUGCAGCAAUGUCGCACUCGUUUGCAAACUUCGGCUCGAACGCCAGUCGCAGUGUAUUGGACAAUAACAUCUUCACAGAAUCACCAGAGAGGUCACACACACAAGAAGAGAGAAUGAACAGCUCAGGAGGGCCUAACUUGUCCCAUCCCAUUCUAGCACCUGGGAGGGACGGUGGACCUCCUGGGUCAGUUGAGAAGAAUGAGGAGCAGUUGCAGGAAUUCCAGCGUCAGCGGCUCCGUGUCCAGCAGCACCUGGAGCAGAAACAGCAGCAGACACAGCUCUAUCAGCAGAUGUUGCUGGAGGGAGGAGUACAGCAGGCCAAUCAGCCUUCAGCUGGCCAGCACAACCUCACACAGACCUUCCUCAGCAGGUCUAUUCAGAAGCUGGAAGAGCUGAAUGUGGGGAUGGAGGACCUUGGAGAGGACGUGCAGGCUCUGGCCAAGCAGUGUAACGGCACGCCAGCCAAAGCAGGACACGCACACACCCCGGAAGCUGUCAGUGCCAGCAGAGAUCGAGCCGCCAUCACCAGCAGCACCCCUCAGAAAGGAGGUGGACGGAACAUGCCUUCACUGGAUGAGUCCCCAGUGCUGGUCAGCCGGAGUGCGUUUCAAGAUGAGAAGCCCAAGUCUCCAUUUAUAGCACUGCACACAUUGGAGGACACACAAGCUGUGCGAGCCGUCGCAUUUCAUCCUUCCGGAACUCUCUAUGCUGUGGGCUCCAACUCCAAAAUCUUGCGUGUGUGCAUCUACCCACAGAACCUUAAUGCCAGUGCAGAAAGCCCAGUGAGGCAGCCUGAUGUUUGCUUCAAACGCAACAAGCACCAUAAAGGCUCCAUCUACUGUGUGGCCUGGAGUCCCUGUGGCCAGCUUUUAGCUACCGGUUCAAAUGACAAAUAUGUGAAAGUCCUGCCUUUUAAUGCAGACACCUGCAAUGCUAUAGGGCCAGAUCUGGAGUUCAGCAUGCAUGAUGGGACAAUCCGUGACCUGGCGUUUAUGGAGGGUCCAGAGAGUGGCGGGGCCAUUCUCAUUAGUGCCGGAGCAGGAGACUGUAACAUCUACACCACUGACUGCCAAAGAGGACAAGGCCUACAUGCACUGAGUGGACAUACAGGGCACAUCCUAUCCCUCUAUACAUGGGGUGGUUGGAUGGUAGCGUCUGGCUCUCAGGAUAAGACUGUGCGUUUCUGGGACUUGCGUGUGCCCAGUUGUGUGAAAGUAGUUGGAACUGCCAUGCACGGAACUGGAAGUGCAGUGGCCUCAGUGGCUGUGGACCCUAGUGGGCGGCUCAUGGCCACAGGACUGGAGGACUGCCGCUGCAUGCUGUAUGACAUCAGAGGGGGUCGAACAGUGCAGGCGUAUCGCCCCCACACCAGCGACAUCCGCUCUGUCCGCUUCUCCCCAGGAGCACAUUACCUACUCACUGGUUCCUAUGACAACAAAGUCAUGAUUACCGAUCUACAAGGGGACCUAACCAAGCCACUCCCAGUAACAGUGGCCGGCGAACACAAGGAUAAAGUGAUCCAGUGCCGGUGGCAUACCCGAGACCUCUCCUUCCUGUCCUCUUCUGCUGAUAAGACUGUCACACUUUGGGUCCACAACCCUUAAACCUCUCCCUCAAACUAAGAAUGAAAAGCUGUACAGAGAAAGCACAAAUCAGUCGGAUGCCCCAUAUUCCCUGACAAACUGCCCACAUUCAUUCAAAAGGACCACUGACCGACAAAGGAGACAAGUUACGGUAUGUUUGUGUCUUUGCUUGUCUUUGUAAUGUCACUGCUUUUUAUCGUUAGUAGUGUUCAGACUGAAAGUACC